UAGUUAUCCCGCGAUAAAGGAUACGCCCACUCGCGCAUACUUCGCAGUUGCAUUCGCCCACUCGUAUCGUGAAUGUAAAUAUUUACAGAGUGAAAGUACACAUAGCGGAUCAAGUAUACGUAUUGUGCUCAAAUCAGAACGAGGAAAAAAGGAAGGAAGAGGAAAAAAUCUCGUAUCGGUUUGGCCACCUUCCUUCUCUCCCACCUCCUGACGUACUCGAAUACUCGCGAUAGCCGCAAUAAAACUGUACUUUAUCGUGCUUCCUGCAUAUUUAUGGUGACAGGAAACAGGGCUUAAUUCUCUCUACGUGGAGGUUUAACUACCGUAAACUGUCAAUUGCGAAGUAGGCGUAAAUAGGCACGCUAUAGUGCGAUGAAACAAUAGGAGUAGAAAGAUGCUAUGGCUGCCACGGCUACAUCACGUAAUGAUGAGGAGGAGUUAAACGGGGAGUUAAACGGGGAAACUGAAUCAGAGGCCAGUAGUAUAUACCAAUGUGGUUCGGUGAUCUCCACUGUACCUGAUCGUCAUGGAUUCCUAGGUGGUUCGCAAUAUAGCCCUGAAAGGAAGCAAUCUAUACCACCUGAUGUGAUACUACGAAGAGAAAGAAAAUGGAUACGGAUGCUAAAUAAUUGGAGUCUUUUCAUGACAACGAAUUAUCGCAAGGUCCGUGAGAGAUGUCGCAAAGGUAUACCACCUUCUGUGAGACUCCGCGCCUGGUUGAAUCUCUGCGGUGGUCAACUUCUAAUGAACGAGAAUCCGAACUUGUACGAAGAAUUGAUCAAACGACCUGGUGAUCCCAAAUACAUAGAGGAUAUCAAAAAAGAUCUUCAUCGUCAAUUUCCGCAUCACGAGAUGUUCGUCGACAACGCACCUGGGCAGCAAGAAUUAUUCCAAGUUCUCAAGGCAUACUCCAUUCUAAACAGUAAAGUGGGUUACUGCCAAGCUCAAGCGCCUAUUGCUGCGUUCUUGUUGAUGCACAUGCCGGCGGUGCAAGCAUUUUGGUGCCUUGUUGCGAUAUGCGACAAGUAUCUCAUCGGAUAUUACAGUCAAGGCAUGGAAACAUUGCUGCGUGAUGGAGAUAUUCUGUUUGCUCUUCUCAAAAGAGUCUCUCCUAUUGCAUAUAAACACUUAAAAAAACAAAAAAUGGAGCCAAUUCUAUAUAUGACGGAAUGGUUUUUAUGCGUUUACACGCGAACGCUGCCAUGGGAAAGUAUUUUGCGCAUAUGGGACAUGUUUCUUUGCGAAGGUGUGAAAAUAAUUUUUAAAGUUGGCCUGGUAUUGUUAAAAGGUAGUCUGGGUCGUGCGUCCCUCGUUAAGCGUUGUCCAACGACAUACGAAACUCUUCAAGUUUUAAGAAAUCCGCCGCAUCAUAUCAUGGAAGAGGAAGCUUUGCUCUAUCAAAUUCAAAAGUUGAACUUGAGCGAGGAAGACUUUGAAUAUGAGCAUCAAAGACAAAUAUUGAAAAGAAAGGCAGCAGAGAAAGAAACUGCCAAUCGAACUGACUGACAAUUAAGUAGUUAGAUAAAUAUGGAGCGAAUAUAU